AGAGAGGGUGUGUAUUAUUGUGUGUGUGUGUGAGAGAGAGAGAGAAAGAGAGAGAGGGGGGGGGGGAAGAGAAAGCCAGAGCCAGAGCCAGAGAAACGAGAAAGAUAAAGGAAAGACAGACGGAACGAUAGACUUGUGCGUAAAAAGUGCCGGUGCCCCCCUUCUUCUUCUUCUUUUUCUUUCCCAAUUUCCAUCAGACACACACAAAAAAACCCAAACCCGGCUGCUUGGAUGAACCAGAACCUAUCGAUCUGUCAGUACUACACCUGGAUUCACUGACCAGCCGCACAGCAGGCAUGUCCCGAAGGAAGCAGAGCAACCCCAGGCAGAUCAAACGUCCUCUGGAGGAUGGCCUGGAGGAAGAGGAGGAGGAGUGCGUCUCCGAGGAGAACGAGCUCCUGGCCAAAGACGAGUUCUCGGUGGAAGAGAACUUCCCCGCCGAGUUCGAGACGGAGAACAUGAGCUGUGAAGACAUGGAGUACUUCUGCAACAAAGGAGAGGAAGAUGGCAACCGAGAAGCAGGAGAGUCGGAGAUGGACGGGCAGGGCGAGAAGACCAGGCAUACCGGCGUGGGGCCAGAUGAAUGGGACGGUCCAAGAGAGCUGGAUGGGUUCCUUAAAGAUGGCGAGCGUCGGAUCCACAGCCGGCAGCAGCUCCCUGUGGGGACAACAUGGGGACCUUUCGAGGGGAAGAUCGAGAUGAGCACUGACACCAUUGCACUGAAGACGAAGAGCACGGUCCCGGUGGUGCUGAGCGCCGGCCCCAGGUGGCUGCUGGAUGUGACUUGGCAGGGAGCGGAAGACAACAAAAACAACUGCGUGGUGUACAGCAAAGGUGGUCAACUAUGGUGCACCACCACCAAGAACAUGAUGGAGGGCGAGGAGCUGGUGGCGUUCGCGGUGGACUUUGACUCGCGUCUGCAGGCGGUGAACCACAUGUCUCUGAGCGAGGGCAUGUACCCGGCCAGGCUGCUGGACAGCAUCCAGCUCCUGCCACAGCAGGCCGCCAUGGCGUCCAUCCUGCCCACUGCCAUCGUCAACAAGGACAUCUUCCCUUGUAAGGCAUGUGGAAUCUGGUUUCGGAGUGAGAGGAACCUGCAGGCCCAUCUGAUGUACUAUUGCAGCGGGCGACAGAGGGAGCCAGAGACGGUCGUGGAGGAGAACGACAGCGGUCCCCAUCAGACGCCCAGUAUGUGCCCCUUCCCACAGUGCACCAAGAGCUUCUCCAGCGCCAGGGCCCUGGAAAUGCACUUGAGCACCUCACACAGUGGUGUCAAAAUGGAAGAGAGCCUCCCUCCUGGCACCAGCUUGAAAUGCACAAUCUGUAACUACACGGCAGAUUCUCUUAUUACAUUCCAGCAUCACAUCAUGUCUCACCUGUCACAGGCGGCCUUCAGAUGCAAUCACUGCCAUAUCAGCUUCCAGAGCCACAGGGAACUCUUACAGCAUCAGGACUUACAUGGGCACGGCAGCAAACUUCACAGGGAAGGCGACGGCACCGAGCAUUCCCCCAGGGGGCCUGAGGAAAGCCUCCAGCAGCAGCAGCAGCAGCAGCAGCAGCAGCAGCAGCAGGCCCGAGCUGAGCUGGCCAACAGGAAGGAUGCUCUGCUGGGAAGUCCCAAAGGGGCCCUCAACAAGGAGACCAGCACAGACGGAGAGGCUGACAAGGCUGAGAAGAAGCCCAUGCUGUCUGUUCAGAAGGGAGAGGCCCACCCAGGCAGCAAAGCCAGUUUUUCUUACACUAGGAUCAAGUCUGAGCCCUCCAGCCCCCGGCUGGCCUCCUCCCCUGUGCAGCAUAACAUGCCUACAUUUCCCAUGGGCCCCUUCUUGUCUCAGUUUGCUUUCUCCCAAGACAUUUCAGUAGUCCCGCAGGCUUCUGAGAUUCUGGCUAAAAUGUCAGAGCUAGUUCACCGGAGGCUGCGCCAUGGAGGGAACAGCUACCCCCCUGUCAUCUACAGUCCUCUUAUGCCCAAAGGGGCCACCUGUUUCGAAUGCAAUAUCACCUUCAGCAACCUGGACAACUAUUUGGUCCACAAAAAGCACUACUGUAACAGCCGCUGGCAGCACAUGGCAAAGUCCCCCGACUUCUCCGCCCUCUCAGAUAAGGUUCCCGAGGCGGUGAGCCCCAACAGUGGUCACAGUUCUGUUAGCAUGUUGACCAGCUGCCACCCUACGGAAGCCGAAAACCACCUCUUGGCGUCUGGCUGUCUGAACUCCAAUGUGUUGGACAUGAUCAAUGCUGGGGCUAAAGGGCCCGAUAAGGAUCUAGCAGGACAGGUGAAGAAGGUCUCUACCCCAACUGGGGCUGAGGAGAGGCUGAAUGGAAAGCCGAUUGAGGAAAAAAACCCCACUACGGGUUUGGUGGAAAGUGACAAUGACCCAAACAAGACGACUUGCGAAGCCUGCAAUAUCACCUUCAGCCGCCACGAGACCUUCAUGGUCCACAAGCAGUACUACUGCGCAACCCGUCAUGACCCACCCAUGAAACGCAUGUCCAGCAACAAGGUACCCUCCAUGCAGAGAACCAUAAGGGCCCGCAAGCGCAGGAAGAUGUACGAGAUGUGUCUCCCUGACCAGGACCACCAGAGGUCCCCUAUGGGUCAGCAAGGUUUCCUCGGAGUCCCUCCUAUGAACCCUUGCACAUCCCAGGAAGCUGUAGAGAGCCUAGCGGACCGCUUCCACCCGCGCUGUGACAUCUUCCCCGGUAUGGUACCCAAACACCUGGAGGCCUCUCUGACUGUCACUAAACCUAUUCUGGCUCCCAAAUGCAAUACGGUGGAGCAGCAGGAGCUGGACGCUCCCAUUGAUCUCAGCAAAAAGUGUUCGCCAGUCUCCGACAAGACAUGUAGCUCCCCUAAAAGACUGUUGGACUAUCACGAAUGUGCAGUGUGCAAGAUAAGUUUUAACAAAGUGGAGAACUACCUGGCGCACAAACAGAACUUUUGCCCUGCAACAGCCGCCGCCGCUGCUGCCGCCGCCGCCGCCGCUCAGCAACAACAGCCGCAACAACACAAUGAGACUGGCAGCCUGGAGCCGACCAUGUUCCCAGAUGUGAAGAGUGAAGGCAAUAACAGCCCCGAUGACGUCUACGAUAAGAGCCCAGGCAAAUGUGAGAAGAAUGGCAACGGGAAGGUGAUGGUGCAGAAUGGAGGCAUGUUCCCCCCUCACCUGGGGUCUGUGUCGGGACUCAAGACUUUUGCUGAGCCCCAGCUCAUCCCAUCAAAAGACGAGAACAAGAAUAUGUUUCUGCCCCACUGCCUUUAUCCCGGAGCAAUAAAGAAGAUGAAAGGUCCCGAGCAAAUAUCGCCGUAUUUUGGGAUAAAGCCAACCGAUUAUGUGACUGGGGGACCGGUGGUGCAGGGAGAGGGGAGCGAGCAGGAGCAGAGCGUUAACGGGGGAGGAGGCGCAGGAGGAGGAGGAGGAGGAGGAGGAGGAGAGACAGGAACAAGCAGAGAGCAGGCCCAACAGCCUGCUGCUAAUGGCUGCCCCCACCCUGGCAAGGAGCCUCUUCCCCUACUGCCCAAAAACCGGGGCAUGGUCAUCGUCAACGGGGGGCACAAGCCCGAGGAGCGUUCAGGCACAGCUCCGCCGCAGCAGGAGAAUCAGCCCCAGCCAGACGGCCAACCCCCCAAUCCCUCACCAACGUGGGCCACUGAGAACCAGGCCGACUCCAACGAGAACAUGUCGCCUUCGUCCAAGUCUCCAAACGAGGAGGCACCGCCCACAGCCAACAAAGGCGUGAACGGCUCUGGAAGUGGCAAGUACUGCCGCCUCUGUGAUAUCCAGUUCAACAACCUGUCAAACUUUAUUACCCAUAAGAAGUUUUACUGUUCAUCACAUGCUGCAGAGCAUGUAAAAUAAGUUGAGAAGACAUGGUCUUCUUCUCCCUCCCACACCUUUCCCCCUUCUCCGCCCCCGCCCCCCCCCGACUUUUACCCCUUUUUUCUCCUUUGUUUUGGUACACUGUUGUGUCUGGAAUAGUGCAUCAUGCAGUGCUAAACGCUGCUUGUGGACAAUCAAGAGAAGCUUCUUCUUUCAUCGUUUUAAAGACUUAAAAAUGCAAAACCAUUGGUUAAAAAAGAAAAAGAAAAAAGAAAAAUGAAUCAAGAAUAAUAUUGGUGCCACUUUCAC